AUGUCCUCUCCUGCUCAUUCAACUUCCGACCUGCCUCCCUUAGGAGUGGACGACCUGGUAUACUGGCCUGAAGACGACGUUGAGAACCUGGAAGGUUAUCGCCCCGGCGGGUAUCAUCCAACCUAUAUCAAUGACGAGUUCUCAAAUGGCCGAUACAAAGUUGUUCACAAAAUCGGCUACGGAUCCUACUCAACUGUCUGGCUUGGUCGUGGCCAAUUAGUGAACCGCUAUGUUGCGUUGAAAAUCAUCGUUGGCGAGGCGUCAACCAAUGGCGCUGAGUUAAAGAUUCUUCAACAUCUACGAUCUGACUCAUCUAUUCACCUACGACAGCAGUAUAUCGCGUCCUUACUGGAUGUAUUCACUUUUAGGGGGCCAAACGGGGAACAACAAUGCCUGGUCAGUGAGGUUGGCGGGUGCAGUAUUGCGCUAUCCAAGGAAAAUAGCUCUAAUUUCAUGUUUCCAAUUGACACCGCGCGAUCCAUUGCGGCUCAAGUUGUAAUGGGCCUGGCCUAUAUGCAUUCAUGUGGUGUCGUUCAUGGAGAUCUACAUGCUCGAAAUAUCCUAAUUCAACCGACACACAUGGAUGAUAUGACCACGGAUGAGAUAUAUGAGCGGUUUGGCCAGCCAUUCGAAAUACCGGUCGUGCGGAAUGAUAAAGCCACCCUCGGACCGGAAGCGCCCAGCAACGCCAUCAUACCGAUGAACUUGAUUGCUCCGAGUAAUGAAGUGGUCGACAGCAAAAUUAAGAUCACCGACUUUGGCACAUCCUUCUUCGUCGAUGGUCCGCCGGCGAAACUACAUACUCCAACUUCUCUACUCCCACCAGAAGCAUUUUUCCACGAACCUAUCGGUCCACCUGCUGAUAUCUGGACACUUGGCUGCACCCUAUUCGACAUCCUCGGUGAACGCACCAUCUUCGAAACAUGGGCCGACGACCGCGACGAUGUCAUCGCGGAGAUGGUCAGUGCGUUGCGGAACUUGCCUACGAGAUGGUGGCGGAAGUGGAAGAAAAGACCCGAUUUUUUCCUCGAAGACGGAAAAUCCUGGAACCCAAAGUUUGACCGCAUGCAAACCCCGGUUUUCAGGCCUCUGGAACAGCGGCUUCGGCAAAUGGGUCGCGGAAGUACCCCUGAAACGUGCGAACUGGACGAGGCGGAGAGGGCGAGCCUGAAAAGUCUUCUGUCUGCUAUGUUGGUUUAUGAACCGUCGGAACGGAUCACAGCAGACGGCACAAUGCACUCUGCAUUUCUGCAGCCUUGGGCAAUCGCAGUGCCAAUCACUUGA